AUGGAUAAAGAUAAACCCUCCCAUUCCGUUGCUGUAAGAAAUGCAUUCUUCUGAGAGGUUGUUAUUGGGAUCUCAGCCAACACUAUCCUCUUCCACGUCCACACCUUCCUUCUCGAGCACAGACCCAAGCCCACUGACCUGAUGAUUAGUCACUUGGCCCUAAUCCACACAGUCAUGCUAGUAGCCGUGGGGUUUGUCGGUACAGACGUCUUUGGGUCUCAGAACGCUUGGGAUGACAUCAAAUGUAAAUCAGUUUUCUACUUAAACAGGCUGACAAGGGGCCUCUCCAUUUGUACCACCUGCCUGCUGAGCGUUCUUACAGCCAUCACCCUCAACGUCAGAAACUCCUGUUUGGCAGAAUUCAAACUCAAAUCGUCAAAUCUCAACCUACGUUGCUUUCUCCUCCUCUGGGUCUUCAACAUGUCCAUUAGUCGCUAUUUAGUCUCAGCCAUCGCCACACCCAAUGUGACCUCGGACCGUUUUCUGGUUAUCACUGAAUCCUGCUCACUUUGGACCUUGAGUUACUUUCUCAGGUACAUAUAUGUCUCCCUAGCGACCUUCUGGGAUGUCUCUCUCCUAGGGCUCAUGGCCGCCUCAAGUCGAUACAUGGUGACUCUCUUGUACAGGCGUAAGAGGCAGACCCAGCACCUUCACAGCACCAAGCUUUCUCCAAAAGCAUCCCUGGAAGAAAGGGCCGCUGAGACCGUUCUGCUGCUCAUGAGUUUCUUUGUGGUCUAAUACUUUCUGGACUACAUGAUCACUUCCUUCUCAGGAAUGUUGAGGAAGAGUGACCCAGGUCUUCUUUUUGUCCAGAUGCUGGUGGGCAAUGGCUAUGCCACCAUCAGUCCUUCUGUGCUAAUCCGUACUAAUAAACAAAGGAUCAAGUUCUUAAAAUUCAUAAAGGGGAAGGACAGUAAAUGUCUAAUUAUUCAGUGA